AUGAGCAGCCCCUGUAAAAUUAGGUGUCCUUAUUGCCCGGGAUCGCCCAAGUUGUACGUACAAUCAAGGGGUCUUAGUGUGCAUAUUAGUCGAGCGCAUAGGGAUGUAGCCCAUCGCAGAGUCGAUAACUCGUCGGUUCCAGGUACUGGCUCUGGGGCGCGGACGGUCACUCACGGGGCGAGGAAUCUUGCGGCUGGCAGGUUGUGUUAUUUGAUAGAUGAGUGCCUGCGAUCGAAUGGUGUGGAUGACUGGUUCAACUUAUUAUCUUUCCCUUUUUCGGCCUUGAGGGUUCCAGGUGAUGAGGGGCGCAAAUCAUUAACCUCCAAAGUAAAGAAUAAUGUACUUAACGAAAUUUUAAAUUUUCCGGGUACUCAGUCAACACAUAAACCGCAUUCGACCUACCGUACCAUAGAGGCUAAGGUGUAUGACGGUGAUUUGAGAGGGGCCGUCCGCUUACUGUUGUCGGACUCGUCGUUGGCUCCAGCGAAUGAUAAUACCUUGAGAGCAUUAGAAGACAAACAUCCGUCUCCUUCUAGGCCCCUGAAUUUUCCACCGGAAUCAAGCCUCACGAGUCCCUCCUUAUCUGUUACACCUACAGACGUGGCUAUGGCUUUGGGGUCGUUUUACAAUGGUUCAGCUGCUGGUCUUGAUGGCUUGCGCCCUCAACAUCUCAAAGAGCUUACAUCACCUUCUGCGGUAGACAACGGUCCACGUUUACUAAAGUUGCUCUCCGAUUUGUGCAAUUUCCUUUUACGGGGUAUGCUGAAUUUGGAAGUGGCUCCUUACUUGUACGGUGCAUCUCUUUGCGCCCUUUCGAAAAAGGAUGAUGGUAUUAGGCCAAUUGCCGUGGGUGGUAUGUAUCGCCGCCUAGUGGCAAAGCUUUGCUGUAGGUCAGUUAGAGACAUAAUGUCGACCCACCUUCAGCCGAGACAGGUGGGAUUCGGGACGCCACUGGGCUGCGAGGCGGCGAUACACGCCACCCGCUCUUUUGCGAUGGGCCAUGAGGGUACAGAUACAGUGGUCGUCAAAAUAGAUAUUAGGAACGCUUUUAACAGUGUGGAGAGAGAUAUUAUUUUGUCGGAAAUUUUGGAAAAUGUGCCAUCCCUGUACCCCUUUGUCUACCAGUGUUACUCGGUCCCCAGUAAUCUUUUCUACGGUGAAAAUUCCAUCUUAUCGCAAGUGGGUGCUCAACAGGACGAUCCUCUGGGGCCUUUAUUGUUCUGUUUGGCUAUCCAGAAAAUCAUAUCAUCAUUGGACUCACCAUUGAAUGUCUGGUACCUAGAUGAUGGCACUAUUGGCGGAAGUCCAGAAGUGGUUUUGCAAGAUUUAAAGAGACUCGGAGUAGCUUUGAAAGCUGUUGGUCUAGAAAUAAAUCCAAAUAAGUGCGAGUUAUUUAAUUGUGGAUUUAUUAACGCGGACGUACUAGAAAAUUUGAUGGUUCUUUUGCCGGGCAUCAAGCAGCUGGAUAGGUCGUCUGUCAGCCUAUUGGGUGCGCCAAUAUUUCCUGAGGGUGUCAGUUCUGCUCUUCAAACAAAAAGACUGGCACUUUUAGCUGCACGGGAACAUUUGUCGCAUCUGUCGGCUCAUGUGGCGCUCGUCUUGUUGCGGAAUUGUUUAGGGAUGCCCCGAAUGACUUAUAUAUUGAGGACAUCUCCCACGUGGCUUUUUGAGCGAGACGUGGCCCUUGUAGAUGAUGUACUCAGAGUUACGCUGGAGAUAGUGCUAAACGUAAGUCUUACUCUACCACAGUGGUGUCAAGCUGCACUUCCCAUUAGGCAUGGUGGACUUGGAGUGCGUCGAGUGCAAGAGGUGGGGUUUGUGGCGUUUCUGGCUUCGUCUUAUGGCUCUGCGGAUCUCGUUGCUCGCAUUUUAGCUCAAAAUGGCAGCGGUAUUCGCAUACCAUUCCAAGCAGAAGCUCUUACCUGGUGGUCAAGUCUUUGCCCAAGCGACGAGCACCCGGAUAAUCCUAGUUUGCAGAGAAAUUGGGACGACGUUCUAUGCAAACGAAGGUACAGUUCCUUGUUGGAGGGUGCUUCGGGUGCCGAUGUGGCCCGUCUGAGAGCGGUCGCUAAAUCAGAAUCGGGAGCGUGGUUAUAUGCUUUGCCAUCUCCCCAGUUGGGUACUUUGCUCGACAACACAUCUUUAAGGAUAGCAGUAGCUCUGAGAUUGGGAAGCAAGGUUUGUGAACCACACCGCUGUGUGUGUGGGGCUAUGGUGAGGGAGGACGGACACCACGGUUUGAGCUCCCAAAGGUGUGCGGGUCGUUUUCCCAGACACCAUGCCAUUAAUGACAUUGUGCGACGGGCGAUGGUGUCGGCUAAUGUCCCUUGCGUGCUCGAGCCCCCGGGCCUGAGUCGAAUAGACGGUAAAAGGCCGGUCGGUUUGACAUUGGUUCCUUGGCGGAAAGGUGUUGUCUUCUGUGGGACGCAACAUGCGUAA